GAGCGGAUCACGUGAUCUCUUCCUCCUCCAACUGCUCUGUCUCUCCCUCUCUCUUCCCCAUUUCCGCCGUCCCUUUCUCUCUCUUCCCUUCGCUCCCGUCGCCGACGGCGCUCGGAUCAUCGCCUCCGACAAGCUCCUAGCUGAAGCUCGGCCCCGGCGUCGGAUCUCCUCCCGCCCUCCUUCGCCUCCGCCGCCGCCACCGCCGCCGCCGCCGUUUGUAUUUCGCCUGCAUGCGCGUCCAUGGACGCGCACCAAGCGGCGACGACGAAGAAGAAGGUCCCCGAUUGGCUCAACAGCUCCAUCUGGAUCUCGGCCCCGCCUCCCGCCGACGAUCGCCCCCAUCGCCCCGCGCCCGAUCCGCCGGCCGCCCCCGCCGAGCCGCUGACCCGGCCGCCGCUGCCCCUGCCGCCCCCGUCGGCUGCCCGGCGGGAGCCUCCGCCGGAGCCCGAGGCUGAGGAGCCGAGGGAUGGGGACGACGGCGAGAGCCGGGAAUCCGGUGGCCCGUCGGCGGAGGAGAUUUCCAGGCAGUCGCAGCUCUUGGCCGAGCUGUCGAGAAAGGUUGUGGAUAUGCGGGAGUUGAGGAAGAUUGCCUCUCAGGGCGUACCGGACGGCCCGGGAAUUCGUUCCGCUGUGUGGAAGCUUUUGCUGGGAUAUCUGCCGGCUGAUCGUGGGCUUUGGUCUUCUGAGCUGGCAAAGAGAAGAUCUCAGUUCAAGAAUUUUAAGGGAGAGCUCUUAAUGAAUCCUUCAGAAAUCACAAGGAGGUUGGAAGAAUGCACAACUUGUGACAAUGAGUUACGAUCUGAAACCAGUGGGAUGCUUUCAAGAUCAGAUAUAACUCAUGGAGAGCAUCCAUUGAGUCUUGGAAAUAGCAGUGUAUGGAAUAAGUUCUUUCAGGAUACAGAGAUCAUUGAACAGAUUGACAGAGAUGUGAAACGGACUCAUCCAGACAUGCACUUUUUCUGUGGGGACUCAUCAUUUGCAGAAUCUAAUCAGGAAGCUUUGAAGACAAUUUUAAUUAUAUAUGCAAAGCUCAAUCCUGGCGUAAGAUAUGUCCAAGGGAUGAAUGAAAUUGUGGCUCCUCUAUAUUAUGUAUUCAAAAAUGAUCCUGAUGAAGAGAAUGCAGCUUCUGCUGAAGCAGAUGCUUUCUUUUGCUUUGUUGAGUUGUUGAGCGGGUUUCGGGAUAACUUUUGCCAACAAUUGGACAACAGUGUUGUGGGAAUCCGGUCAACAAUAUCCAGAUUGUCGCAAUUUUUGAAGGAUUAUGAUGAAGAGCUUUGGCGUCAUCUUGAGAUUACAACCAAAGUCAAUCCCCAGUUUUAUGCAUUCCGAUGGAUUACUCUCCUUUUGACCCAGGAGUUCAAUUUUGCAGACAGCCUUCAGAUUUGGGACACCCUUCUGAGUGACCCUGAUGGUCCUCAGGAAACUUUGCUCCGAAUAUGUUGCGCCAUGCUAAUUCUCGUUCGGAGGCGCCUUUUGGCUGGUGAUUUCACUUCCAAUCUCCGGCUACUCCAAAACUACCCUCCCACAAACAUCAGUCAUCUGCUGUAUGUGGCCAACAAAUUGCGCGUCCGAGGAUCAAAUUGAUACGGCAGCCCUUGCUUUCCUUGUGCUUUCUCUGUUUCUUUUUCCUUUGGUUUCCUCGUUGAUGGAUGCUUUUAUGUUUUUGGGGAUGUAAAUGCUAUUGUCAUCAACCAACUGGAGUUGUUUUAGCCAAUUUCAUUCUUUUCUCUUUUCGGCUGUCGUUGUCCUUCACGAAGAGACGAACUUGUAUCUAUCUUCUCUUUGCCUCAAGUAAUUAUAGCUCGCUCGCUGUGUACGAGCCAAUGUCAUCUGUUUC